AUGUCCUGGUCUGAUGUUCGACGGGGCUCUAUGGAGCUUCUUGUCCAACCUCGCGGUGGUUUGACCGCCGAGCUUAGUCGCUACGCUUCUAUGGUCGUGGACAAAUCGGUGGUGUUUCCAGUCCUAUUCAGCGGUCCACAUGGAACCAGUAAGCCGGUUGACCGCUUUGGAGGCAUUUUGAUAGUAGUCAGUGGGUUCGGAGUUGCUAGUGCGAUACCAUACUCAAAGAAGAUUAUUUGCGGUCAUCUUACCUGCACCUCGCAAGUCCGUCGACUACACUUGGUGUGGCAGGUUGAUAUGAUCGAUGAAAUCAAGAUCGCCGAGGAAUCAUUGAAUAAUAUCUUGAAAGAUGAUAUCAUGGAAAAAGGCUAUAUCCUGGCUAUUUCGAUUUACGUGAAGACCGGUUUUGGACACAACCAAUUGCCAUUUGGGAACAAUAACCGAGUUUGUCUCUACACAGGCAUACCGGAGCCGCAAGCGAUUGUUUUGGGAGAAAUGUCUGCUGUUUGGAUGACAAGAUCAUCAAAUCAGAGAGUAGCGAAAGGCCAGCUGCUAGUGAUGGUUGCUGCGGCGGAUAGAUUGCGAGACUCUGUACGGGACGCGGUGCGACGUCAUGUUCAUCAAGGUGUGCGGUUUGCAGAAUUGAACUAUCAACCCACCGGUGAUGAUCAGGGAACCGUAUAA